AUGCCAUCCAAUGCAAAGCCAUCAACUUCAGGCCGAACCCUGGCCAUCUUCGGCGCGACCGGCCGCACCGGGAGCGAGACGCUGAAAGCCCUUCUUGCCAAGCCCAAAAAUCCUUUUUCUCACAUGAAGAUCUUUGUCCGCUCCCGCGAAAAGCUCAUCAAAGCCUUUCCACAAUUCAAGACAGAUAACAGCGUCGAAAUUAUCGAGGGUCAAGUCACCGACGAGGCCCGCGUCAAAUCCUGUCUCGUCGGCGCCGACACAAUCAUCUGCGCCCUGGGCGAGAACGACAACAAGCCAACCGUUAGCGUACUCCAGGAUUCAACAACAACAAUCGUCUCGGCACUGAGACAGCUCAAACAGGAAGGGGGAGCAGACUGGAAGAAGCCAUGGUUCAUCCUCCUCUCCUCCGCAACUUGGAAUGAGCGAUUCUCCGCGAGGCAGCCAUGGCUUGUGCGAUGGAUGAUUCAGAACGCCUUUUACUGGCCCUAUGCGGACCUGCGCAAGGCGCACGCAAAUCUGCAGGCUGAACCGGAGCUGUUGUUACUGUUGUUGGUGCAGCCGCCUGCCAUCAUCGACGAAGAGGCGAGCGGUCACACGAUCAGCACGGAGUCGGUUGGCCUCGCGUGCUCGUAUCCGGAUCUUGGUGCGGCGUUUGCGGAGCUGGCAACCGAGGAGGCGUACAAGGAGACCAGUGCCGUUGGUGUCACGUCUGGAAUGGCCAAGGCGGGUUUCUCGAGAUAUGGGCCCGAGAUUCUGCCGAGAGUCAUCUUUGGACUGAUGGCUAGUUUCAUUCCGGGUGCUUGGAGGGUUGUCCCAAGCGUGUGA